GCGCGAUUUGAAGCGGGGAAGCAGCGUGAGACGCUCAGACGGUAAACAAACUCUCAUCAAACUCCUCAAACUAUCGGUGAGAUGUCUGUGAACCGAGCUGCUGCUGAUGGUGUUAGUGAUGGUGGUCUGGUGCGCUCUUGGCCAUCGUCUCCUCUGUCUGCGUCUCGUCAGGUCACCGCUCGGCUCUACAGCUCAUUACAGCACAGCCGACAGCAGGAGGUCAAAGGUCACGCUGCAGACAGGCAGGUGUCAUUCGCUCUGUCCUCUCCUGAUCUCACUGCUGUCAGGACGACCUCUGCUACACCCCCUUUGCUCUCUGAUAGGCUGGAGGAGCUCAGUCUGGACUCCGCCUCCUCCCAUGAUGUAAUUGGCUCAGGAGAGGAGGGGCUUGAGUCAGACGCAGAAGAGGUGGGACUUCAACCUCUGAAGAGCCUGAGAUCUGCACAACCGACGAGUGGCAGGAAGCACAUAGAGGAGAUGGAGAGUGUGAGGACACACUUACAGUCCAUACUGAGGCCAACACAGACAGCUGCAGACAGGCUUGAUUUUCUGACCCCUGCAUCGCAGCACUUCCUGGAUGAUUCACAUGAGAGCGAUGCCACGUCACGCCUGCUCAGUGGUGUGUGUAUAGGUGGUGUGGAGGAGUUGUUCCCGCGUUAUUCCCGUCUUCAUUCAGAUGUGAGCAGUGCAGUUUCUGAGCUGCAGGUGCUGAGAGACAGUCUGGAGAGAGAGAGAGAGCGCCGCAAGGUGUGUGAGCAGCAGGUGGCGUCUCUCCAAAGUAAAGUUCUUCAGUUUCAGCAGCAGUUAACACUCGCUGUAGCCGCCGACCGCAAGAAAGACAUCAUGAUUGAACAGCUGGACAAGACACUGGUGAAGGUUGUUGAGGGCUGGAAGAGACACGAUCAGGAGCGAAAUGAGGAGAUGAAACGCCUGCAGGAGGAGAAGGAGACCGCAGAGAAAACACACAACAAACAUGCACAGGCUUUGUCUCGUGUUGAGCAAAAUCUCUCUCAGGUUGAGGAGACUCUGAAGAAGGAGCAGAAACACAAGCAGGAGCUGCAGAAGACCAACAAACGACUGGAGCAAGAGAUGUCUGAUCUGCGUGUGCAUGUGGAGGACCUACAGCAAGACAAGCAAAAGCUUAACAGAGAAGCAGAUGAACACAGAGAACGGCUCCACAAACUCCAGACUGAGUCACAUGACACACGGACAAAACUACAACAGCAAAUGAAGGAGCUGCAGCAGCACACACAGGAGUUACAGCAGCAGCUGAACACACACACGGAUCAGGUGAAACAGGAAGCGUCUGCGCGCGAAGAGGCAGAAAGCAGAACUCGGCUGUUACAGGAAGAGCUGGAGACGACCAGGAGAGAGCGAGAGGCACUGAGAAUAGAGCGAGCACUGGAGCAGACGCAGUUCGAGGCGCAGAAGUCUCAGAUGGAGGCUGAGUUUCGUCUGUCAUUGGAGCAGCAGAUCAGUGAAAGACUGACGGCCGUGCAGGAGGAGAACAACACAUACAACACACAACUGCGCCAACAGCACAGGAAGCAGCUGCUGGAUCUGAGUGCGCGGCAGGAGCGAGAGCUAGCGGCUCAGCUGGAUCAGUGCAGAACGCAGUUACAGGAGAGAGACGACAAACUGCAGCAUCUCACACUCACUUACCAGCACAGACUGUCGGAGAUGCAGGAGCAGCUGGAUUCCAUGGCAGCGACUAAAAAGAAGCUAGAAUCACAGAGGGAGGAGCUUGUGUCUCGUCUUCAGGGAAUGAUGCGCUCUCAUUGGGCCGAGGCUUUACAGCUGCUGACCAAUCAGGAGAAGAUGGAUAGUUUUUUAUCACCUGUCCAUCAGUGGGAAACGUCCAGAAUCUCUUCUUCUCCUCCUAAGAGUGACCCACACGUAUCAGCUCCGCAGGCUGUGGUUCUGCAUCUGUCCAGAGAGAAGGAGCAGCAGUGGAGAACACACCGAGAGCUGAACUCACUGCUGGAGUCUGCAGAGAUCAACUGCAGCAGCACAUUCAGCCCACUGGAGCCACAGAUGGACAACACUGAGCUCACAUCGCUCAGUGACUGCAGUGCAUUGUGGGUCAGGCCGAUGUUCACAAUUGAUGAAUCCAUGAAAGAGAAGAGUGAGGAGAGGAGAGAAACUCAGUCAAACCUGAAGCACAAUCUGAAUUACAGUCAGUGUGAACCCAAGCUGAAACAGAGCCACGCCCCCUCAGACGCAUGGACCAAUCACAGCUCGACUGCAGAUAGUGUGUUGGGCAGGGGUGGGGCUUCUGUACUGAAACAGAGCCACGCCCCCUCAGACGCAUGGACUAAUCACAGCUCGACUGCAGAUAGUGGGCUGGACAGGGGCGGAGUUUCCGCACUGAAACAGAUCCACGUCCCUUCAGACGCAUGGACUAAUCACAGCUCAACUGCAGAUAAUUUGCAGGGCAGGGGCGGAACUUCUAUACUGAAACACAGCCACACCCCCUCAGACGCAUUGACCAAUCACAGCUCGACUUCAGAUAGUGGGAUGAGCAGGGGCAGGGCUUCUGUACUGAAACAGAGCCACACCCCUACAGACACAUGGACCAAUAACAGCUCAGCUCCGGAAAGUGGGCUGGGCAGGUGGAACUUCUGUACUGAAACACAGCCACACCCCAUCAGACAUAUGGACUAAUCACAGCUCAACUGCAGAUAGUGGCAGGGGCGGGGCCUACAGGAGUGGUUCUGAGAAGGCUCCGCCUGUUCAAGAUGAAGCUCCG